AUGACAACAUUAUUAAAUGUUCAAAGAGUAAAAUAUCAAUGCAGUUGUGGAUCAUUUAAAUCCUUAUGUUUUCUAUAUUUCUGUCGGCAUUGUCUGAAAAUUAAAUGUAAAGAUUGUGUGACGCUUGAGGUUGAUUGUCGUUUUUGUCCGAGUUGCUAUGAACAUCUACAAUCGCAUGAGGCAAUAACACGAAAAAAUCGCUGUCAAAAUUGCUUUUCAUGUCCAUCUUGCAAUCAUACAUUAGUAACACGUGCAACAAAUUCAUUGGCAACGUUACCUUCCAAUUUAAAUAUAACACCUGAGAAUAUGAAUGCUGGUGCUGAUGCCGAUGAUAGUGUAAGUAAUAGCACAAAUACUAGUGGACUACAAACUCCAUCGAAAAAAGUCUACUAUUUGGCGUGUAGCGUUUGUCGUUGGUCAACUCGGGACAUUCAUCUUGCCGAUCAACCAACGAUUAAUUCGUGGAAAGCUCAAGAUAAUAUUCAUGAAGGAAGAUUCAAUGAACUUCUUCAACAUUAUAAACAAAUAGCGACACGUGAAAAACAAGAACGCGACAGGAAACGAUACUCGACAGUUAAAUUACGAAACACAAUCGCAACGUCGACAACUCGAUCAUCAUCAGAUAAAUAUGGUGUAUUGACGCCAUUGACUCGGCGCGGUAUUCGUACAGGUGGAAUUCUUAAAACACCCUCAUUAAAUGAAAAUUUAAUUCCAACCAAUUCGUCGCCCAAGCCGUCGGAUUCAAUUGCCACUAUCGAACCACUUGAUGAAACUCUUUUUCUAAGUGAUUCAUUUGAUUUUAAUAAACUAACAACAAUUACACAACGUCUAAAUUCUGUUGAAUCUCAACCAUUAACCAUUGAUCAUCUCUAUCCAUUGGCAAAGAAUUUUACAUCAAAACAAUCGAAACGCUGUAAAGAAUGUGAUCAUAAUGUACUUAAACCAGAACCAUCACCAAAAUUAAUUAAAUUUAAAUUACAUCAAAUGGCAUUAUUUUUUAUCCCAGAGGUACGCAUCUGGCAUCAUCCAGCAUGGUCAUUUGAUGAUAAUAAUCCAUGUAUAAUUUCGGUUAUUAAUCAAGUCGAUGAAAAAACACUAAUAAAAUUAUAUACAUUAGAUGAAAUUCGUCAAGAAAACGAUGAAAAUAAUAGUGAACUAAUCGAACGCAUAGGCCAAUUGGAUGAAAAUACGUUAACAAGCAUAUUAACAUUUCCAAUAGAAAACGACCGUUCAGUUCAAUUACAUCCGCAUGUUGAACCCAAUGAUGUUGAUACAAAAAUCAAUGAUGAACUUCGUCAAAAUGAUCCAAAAGAUUUAGUUAUUCAUCGAAAAUUUGCAAAAUUGGCUAUUCGAUGUUUUGUUAAAAUAAAAAAUUCUGACGUAAAAAGAGUUCGAGCUGCUUUCGUUAUUGAACAUCGUGUUGUUGGCAUUUCAUCGAUCGUUAGUACGCCAACAACAACCAAUUCAAAUCCAAAUACACAAAAUAUUCGACAUAUUAUUCUUAUUGAUUUUGGCUCUAUUGACGAACCAGCACUCCCUUUACAUUCAGCAUUAGUAUAA